AUGCAGCCAGUCGCAGCCAAAGGCCCGCUCAGCCACAGGACGCCUUUUUCUGUGGAGGAUAUUUUGGAUCCAACAAAGUUCACAAGGAGAGGAAUCUGUGCUCGAGAUGCAACGACAGGUGCUUCUACUGGCAGAGAUGAACCCAGGGAGCAGCAGCAUCCUGCGGCCGAUGGCGGCGGAAGCCCGGAGGAGGAGCAGCUUCACAGCGCUGAGGCAAAAAGCCGACGGGUCCGCACGGCUUUCACCCUGGAGCAGCUGCAGAUCCUGGAGGGCAGCUUCCGCCGGUGCCACUACCUGUCGGUGCUGGAGCGGCACACUAUCGCCUCUGCCCUGCGCCUCUCCGAGACUCAGGUCAAGAUCUGGUUCCAGAACAGACGCACCAAGUGGAAGAAGGAGCGUGUGCAGGGGGGGAAGGAGGCGGAGGAGGAGGAAGCCACUUUCACAUCCUCACAUCCUCUGACCUACGGGCAGCUUUACUGCCAGCAGCGCGCUCCGCUGCAGCUGUUUGCACCGCUGCCGCUGCUGCCCUAUCAUCAUCAUUAUUACACAUGA